AGACGUAACGCCAGCAGACGCUCCAGCCUCUCUGUCUGCUCUCCGCCUCGCGGGACACUGCGCUGAGAGUUUAUGUUUUAGUUGUAAUGUGUUAGUUGUAGUUAGUUUCCACAUAACAAGGAUUGUUGCCUUCAUGCUUAAAAUGCGCAAAGCAUACUGCUGAUAAUCUCAACACUGCCUGGAUCCACACUAGUUUUUAUUUUUUGUAUUUUAAAUACUACAGUUUUUGCAUCUGUGAACGUCAGGUUGCUUUGAGUUUUCCUACACCUAUUACUGCAGGAAAAGUCUAUUGUUUUCUAAUAGUUUGGUUUUUCCUGCAGAGAGGAUGUUUCUAUCUAUGUUUUUCCUGUAGCUAGUACAGCAGGUUGUGUUUGAGGUUCAGACUACAUGCGAGAGGAAAAGGCUGAUGUGCAGAUCCAACACAGCCAGAACACAUUCUCUACUGAUUUUGUCAACUGAUUGAGGAGGACGCCUGGUUGGUGGAUUUAUUUUCCUCCCUGGAUGUGACAGUUUUAGCCAUGCUGCUGCUGCUUCCGCUGCUGCUCUGCCUACAAAUGUCACUGCAAGAACAGACAGCUCCUCCUGGUCGGUGUGAUAUCUCACAGGGGGUGGAGAUGCACACCCCCUGCACUUCUUGUGCCGCCCUCGCCACCAGCAGCUGCCCCCACGGCUUCAGCAGAGUGGGCACGACCAACUGCAGUUACGUGGUGCAGAUUGGUGGCAGGGAUAUGGAGUUGAAUGGAUGUCAGCACACCUGUUUGAAGAGGUUCAUGGAGCCGCAUUGCUGCCCACAACACUGGGGCCCUCUGUGUCUCCCCUGUCCCAGCUGGUCAGGGAAGAUCUGUAACUUCCAUGGGACCUGUCUGGAUGGAGAUCUCGGCAACGGGACCUGCGUCUGUGAUGAAGGUUUCUCUGGCUUUGCCUGUCAGGAUUGUAAGAAUGAGAACUUUUUUGGAGAAAAGUGUGACAAAGCAUGUGACUGUGACCAUGGAGUGUGUGAUAAAGGUCCAGAGGGUGAUGGACAGUGUUUGUGUCAGCCACCGUACACCGGGAAACGGUGUGACCAAGUGAGUACGAGAUGCAGUAACUGCAGCCCCUAUUCGUACUGUAAAGGAGAGGGAGACGCUGCCAGCUGUGAAUGUUUGCCAGGACACAGGAGGACGCCACAGGGCAAAUGCACAAGUAUUUGCACAGUGAGGGAUUGUGACGUUAACGCCCAGUGCUCCUUACAGUCGUCAAAGGUUAGCUGCAUCUGUAAGUCUGGCUACCAGGGUGAUGGCAAGAUCUGCGUACCCAUAAACCCUUGCUCUGAGAACAGUGGAGGGUGUCCCAUCAACUCCACCAUCUGUGUCUUCAAAGGACCCAACAAGUCUGUCUGCGAGUGUAUGUUCGGCAUGUCCCCUGUAGGUGGCAGUACUGAGUUUGGUUGUCAGCUGGUCUCUGCCUGCUCAGCGGACACCUGUGAUCCCACAGCUACCUGUCAAACUGAACUGGAUGGACAACCCAGGUGUGUUUGUGAGGCGGGUCAGAUUGGUGAUGGCCAGCGUUGCUAUGGUAACCUGAUGGAGCGGCUGAUCGAGCUUGACAGGAGUGGAAGGCAGAGAGAAAAUCUGACCGGAGCCGUUGCUCUAUUCGAGAAAGGCUGUUCACAGCUGCUGAGUCACAAUGGACCCUUCACAGUUUUCAUUCCUGUGCUGAAAACACCUCUGACUGGUGUUAAUGAGGAGGUGGUGUGUAAGAACCACCUGAUCCUGGGUCAGCACCUCUACAAAGAUCUGGAGAGUCGAGACUUCAGCCUGUACGGCGGAGCCAAGUUGAGAAACAAAGACAACAAGAGGUUCAUCCUGAUGGACGAUCCCAGUAGACUUUACACUGUCAUCCAGGAAGACCUGCCAGCAGCCAAUGGGAUCAUCCACAUCAUCGACCGGCCAAUCACACUUUCUGGAAGGCCUCCUCGUGACGAACAGUUUGCUGAUAAGACGAUAGGUGAGAUUCUGACUAAGGAUGAAAAAUUCAACCGCUUCCUAUCUCUGGUUGAUAACUGCGGGUCGCCCCCUCCCCUGCGGGGCCCAGGACCCCUGACUGUGUUCAUCCCCACCAAUGAGGCUGUGGACCAAGCCAGAGACGGCAGCAUCUUGUACAUGCUGAACGACGCCAAACAUAAACUUCAGGAACUUCUCAGACACCAUGUUUUCUCCCAGGCUGUGCUGACAGUCGACGACUUAGCUACUCUCCCUCAGAUUCAGACAAUGGCCAAUCAGAUCAUCACCAUCACUGUGUCUGACGAUGGUGAGAUCCUAUUAGGUGAGAAGGGCGUCCGUCUGGUGAGCACCAACAUUGUUGCCUCCAAUGGGAUCAUCCAUAUGAUUGACAGGAUUCUGUUCCCACCCUCCAUCCUUCCCAUCCUGCCUCACCGCUGCGACAUCAUCGAGAGCAAGAUCACCAUGGGUCCAUGUGUUCACUGCAGUUACCUAUAUGAGACUCAAUGUCCAGAUGGCAGCACUGAAAUGGACAGGCAUCAGAUCGGCUGCAAUUACGUCACGUCUCCUCUCAGGCCAACACUCAGUUCAGGCUGUGCCAAAUUGUGCAACACCACCCAACAGGUAGCAGAGUGUUGUAAGGGUUUCUACGGGCCGGACUGUAAACCCUGUAUUGGAGGAUUCCAGCAUCCCUGCUACGACAAAGGAACGUGUUCAGACGGUAUCCGUGGCAACGGCUCAUGCAACUGUCAGUCAGGCUUCAAGGGUGUUGCCUGCCACAUCUGCUCGGAUCCAUCCAAGCAUGGGGAGAAGUGUGACGAAGAGUGUCGCUGUGUCCACGGUGUGUGUGAUAACCGUCCAGGCAGCGGUGGUGUGUGUCGGAGAGGAUCCUGUAUGGAGGGAUACUCUGGAGAAAACUGUGACAAGACGGCCACGCCCUGCAACUCUGACGGACUGCAGGAACACUGUCACAUCCACGCAUACUGUACACUCACGGGACUGCAUACUACGUGUGUGUGUAGCGAUGGAUAUGAGGGCGAUGGUCACUCCUGUUCUCCGAUCAACCCCUGCCUGAAGAGCAACCGAGGAGGCUGCGACACCAACGCGGAUUGUGUGUAUGUGGGUCCAGGUAACGUGUCAUGUGUGUGUGUUGAGGGUUGGGAAGGUGACGGCAGUGUGUGUGUGGAGAUCAACAACUGUCAGCUGGAGAGUCGAGGUGGUUGCAGCCCCAAUGCUGACUGUACCCACAUUGGACCUGGACAGAGUGAGUGUGUAUGUAAAACAGGCUACAUGGGCAAUGGUAUUGUGUGUGACCUCAUUAACCCCUGCCUCAAGAAGAAUGGAGGCUGCAGUGACCUGGCAAAGUGUGCGCACAGUAAGAACGGAACUCACACCUGUACCUGUCCUGACGGCUAUGCGGGAGACGGAACCAUCUGCUACGGAUCAUUACUGGAUGAGCUGGACAUGAACCCGAAGCUUUAUAGUUUCUACCAACUGACUCAGAGGUACAGUCACUCCUCUGAGGACCUGAGUGGAAACCUCACAUUGUUGGUUCCAUCCAGAGAAGCUCUGAGGAACAUCAGCUUAAAUUGGGACUCGUUCUGGACCAGCCGACACCACCUGCCUCACUUCCUGCGGGCCCACUACCUGCUGGGGAUUUACUCUGUAGAAGAUCUGGACAAACUGGUGGGCAGCAGGCUCCCCACCCUGAACGCUCCCACCUACUGGGAGAUCAGCAACAGCAGCGGGGUGAUCCGCAUUGGAAACGCCUCCAUCCUCACUCGCAACCUCCCUGCAAUCAAUGGCUACAUCCACAUCAUAGACCAGAUUCUGGUCCCGCCCCGCUCAGACAUCCCCCCUGAGCCCCCCACCCUGAUGGCCUUCCUGGGCUCCUCUCCUAACUUCACCCUGUUCAGACAGUACGCUCUGAUGUACAAUCUGUCAGGGGAUCUCAGUGCACUUGAUUUCACCCUCUUGCUGCCAACAGAUGAUGCCAUCAGGCAGCACCUCAGCAGGACUAACUCCUCUCUCCUGGACUCUGAUGUGUUAAAGUACCAUGUGAUUGUCAAGGAGCUGCUCUUCCCUGAUCGCCUUUCUGAUGGCACUUUGAAAAGCACACUGCUAGGCAGCGACUACCAGGUCCAGUUCCACUUAAACAACAACAACGAGACUGCCGUAAACGACGUUCCUCUUGACGGCAGAUUCAUUGAGACGCAGUAUGGUGUCAUCAUAGUCCUCCCUCAAGUUCUCAAAAUCCACCGCAACAGAUGCAGCAAACAGGUCACCCUGCAGGUCAACGGAAGGUGUUCAGACUGUGAUGGACCACCGCGAUGCCUGUUCAACUACAAACCAGUCAGACAACAGUUUCCGGCCAACAUGCAUCCCAACUGCAAAUACAGGAAGCGAGUCGGAUCCAGAAGGAAGUCGGUGUCAGGCUGUGUCAUCAAAUGUCUUCGGUUAACUACGGAUCAUUCCUGUUGCCCCGGUUAUUACGGCCACGAAUGCUUCAAAUGCCCUGGAGACGUUGGCAGCUGGUGCUCCAAUCACGGGGAGUGUGAGGACGGUAACCAUGGUAACGGGGAGUGCCGUUGCUUCGAGGGUUUCCAUGGCACGGCGUGCGAGGACUGUGAGCCAGGACGUUACGGCGUCAACUGUACCUCCAAGUGUGUGUGUGACCAUGGAAAGUGUGAGGACGGUCUGGCAGGAAGUGGCAGGUGUGUGUGCUAUAAAGGUUGGAAAGGAGCUUCCUGCUCUGUAGAGAUCAAGGACGACGCCUGUGGAGGUGUGUGUGAUGAGAACGCCAACUGUAUAACAGGACCAGAUGGUUCAGCUGCUGUGUGCUUGUGUGUAGCUGGAUAUGAAGGCAAUGGAACUUACUGCAAAGAGCUGGAUUUGUGCAGCAGGUCCAACGGUGGAUGUUCAGAGUUUGCUGUUUGUAUGAAGGUCUCAGCAGGACAGAGAACCUGUACCUGUAAAGAGGCGUACACUGGAGAUGGGGUCAUCUGCCUGGAGAUCGAUGGCUGUCUGGUCAACAAUGGAGGCUGCCACUCUGCAGCAGACUGCAUCAGAACUGGCGCCAACACUACAGCCUGCAGGUGUCAGCAGGGCUUUCAGGGAACCGGGAGAUACUGUUACCCUGUCAACCCCUGCAGAUAUAACAAUGGUGGCUGCAGUAUCCAGGCUCGCUGUGUGUAUAUAGGCCAGGGUCAAAGGAACUGCACCUGCUUCAGAGGCCACAUAGGCGAUGGCAUCAAUUGCCGGGGAAGCACAAACAACGAGCUGUUCCGACGUCAAGAGAACGCUUUCUUCCGUCGAAUGAUAUCUGUUUCAGGCUCUAGUGGUCUUCAGGGUAACGGACCGUUCACUGUCUUCGUCCCUGUAGAGGAAGCCACCGGCAACGUCUCUUUAGAGGAAUGGAAACAGGCCGGUCGUGUUGAUGACCUGCUUCGUUACCAUAUCAUUUCCUGUGAGACUUUGACCUUGAGUGACCUCAAAACCACCAAGCUUGUUGUCUCAACGUCGGGAUACAAACUGCACUUCAGCCUGCAGCAGGGUUCAGUUUGGGUCAACAACAGGUCGAGGAUCGUGAAGAGCGAUUACAUCACAGCUAAUGGAGUCAUUCACCACAUUGACGCCCUGUUGACGCCCUACAGGCUGCAGGACAAACCAAGCAUCCAUGUUUCGACAAUGAACUUCAGUUCAGCUGCUGUGUUUUAUGGCUACAGCCGCUUCUACAAACUCGUGGAGGAUGCAGGGUUACUCCCAGUGCUCCAGUUGUCCAUCCACCAGCCAUUCACCAUGUUCUGGCCCACAGACGUGGCCCUCAACUCCCUGCCACCUGAAAGACAGCGCUGGCUCUCCAGCCCCGACCACCAAGACCAACUGGCUGCCAUUGUGAAGGCUCACAUCAUACGCAACUCCAAGGUGAUUGGUGUCAGUCAGCCGGAUAAAUACUCCUCCUUCCGCACCAUGCAUGGAUCCACCAUCAAAUACAGCUGUGACAAGACCCUGGUGGGGGCUGUAUUGAUUAAUGAUAAUGCAGCCAGGUUAGUGGAACGCUACCUGACGUUCAAGGAGGGCUUGGCCUAUGGCAUCGACCAACUGCUGGAGCCACCUGGCCUGGGAGCACACUGUGACACCCUGGAGAACCGAACCACUUAUGGACGCUGUGGUGGCUGCAUCUUCCCUCCUACCUGCCCAUUGAGACACCAUGACACAGGAAAGAAGGAGAGUUGCUUGAACUCUUACUCCAGGUAUAGGCACGGCUACCCACCUUGGUAUUCUACCCUGGAUGAUCAUUUCAGCCGUCGGAUGGGCUGUAAGAGAGUUUGUCUGUUUCCGUCCUGGGUCCAGAAGUGCUGCAAAAACCACUAUGGCCGAGACUGUCAAGUUUGUCCAGGUGGUGUGGAGGCCCCUUGUGGCCACAAUGGUGAAUGCGAUGAUGAUGUGCGCGGUUCAGGAAGAUGUAGAUGCCGUGAAGGCUUCAGAGGACAAGCCUGCGAACUGUGUGUCACAGGCCACUACGGCCCCAACUGCACAGUCUGCAGCUGUGGGAAGCAGGGAAGGUGUGAUGAGGGCAUUGAAGGCUCUGGACAGUGUGUCUGUAAGCUGGGCUGGGAGGGCGAUCGCUGCCAAAACGAAAUAGGCCUGAUCCCAGAGGAGUGCCGGCAGUGCCACGAUCAGGCUGACUGUGUGCCAGGUGUUGGCUGUCAGUGUAAAUCUGGGUUUCAGGGGAACGGCACCUUCUGCAGUCCAGAGCCACCUCCAGAUCUCUGCUCUGAGUAUAACGGUGGCUGUCACCAGAACGCAGACUGUAACCAGACGGGGCUGCUCGUCAACUGCACCUGUCACAGCAAUUACCAAGGAGAUGGCUACUCCUGCGAGCCCAUUAACAGGUGUGUUGAAGAGCCAAACGGUGGCUGCAGUGACUUUGCCUCCUGCAAGUUCACUGGUCCAAACGAGCGUGAGUGUGCGUGCUUGCCGGGGUAUCUGGGUAAUGGAGUCCAGUGUCUGGAGAAGUUGGUGCCCCCUGUUGACCGCUGCCUGGAAGACAACGGAGGAUGUGACCCUGCGGCUGUCUGCAAGGACCUGCAUUACCAUGCCAACACAGCCGGAGUUUUCCACCUGCGCUCUCUGGAGGGGAAGUACAAGAUGAACUUCAGUCAGGCUGCCGCCGCCUGCAAGGCUGAGGACGCCACGCUGGCCAACUUUAAACAGCUGGGAGACGCACAGCAGCUGGGGAUGCAUCUGUGCGUGGCCGGCUGGAUGGAGGGGGGGAAGGUGGGAUACCCGACUCGCUUCCCCUCGGUCAAGUGUGGAGACAACCACGUGGGCCUGGUUAUCUACAAAGAACCUGUGGACCAGAGCAGCAAGUACGAUGCCUACUGCUACAGGGUCAAAGAUGUUUCAUGUGUGUGUCCUGCUGAUUACGUUGGAAACGGAGACUUCUGUAAUGGCGUCCUGACCAGUGUCCUCGCAACGUACAGUAACUUCUCUAUCUUUUACAAGUUGUUGUUGGACUAUAGCGGCUCGACCACUGAGGGCAGACAGCUCGUUGACUUUCUGUCUCACGGGAAGUCUGACGUCACCCUGUUUGUUCCUCACAACUCUGGCUUCGCCCAAAACCAGACUCUGUCUGGUAGAGAUCUGGAGUAUCACAUCUCAGCUAAUAACGGCAGACGAUCGUUCAAGGAUCUGAGACAUCAGGAUUUCAUCAUAUCCAGGCUUGGGUUCAACCUGACUGUUACUGAAGGCAAAAACGAGAGCUAUAAGCUGGUGAACAAGCAGCUGCUGUUGGAUUGGGACAUUCCUGCUGUAAAUGGCAUCAUCCAUGUCCUCGAGGCCCCGCUGACCGCACCACACCUACCUAGCUCCCAUGAUGCAUCCCGUGGCCACACCCACUCAAGUGGCACAGUUUCGGCCAUCUUGGUGUCUGUGUUGCUGGUGUGUGUGUUGGCUGCACUCGGCUACUACGUGUUCAAAACCAAGACAGACGCCUUCCGGUUCCACUACUUCAGAAAUGAGGACGGGGACGGUGCUGCAGGCGGCAGGUCGAAGCCCACCCUGGUGUCCAUCCCGAACCCUCUGUACAGCGGCUCCAGAGUCUUCUCCGAGCCAUUUGGGGAUGCCGGUCAGGGGAUGGAGCCAGCAGAACCUGAAGAACCGCCACAGAUUCUGGACCUGGACCAGUAGAACCACUAAAACUGGAGCUAUCAGUUUACAAACCACAAUAACCUUUUGGCUUAUCAUGGUUCAGCUUUUUACUCAGUUUAUCUGUAUCCAAAUAAGAAAUAAAAGUUGUCCGUUUACUUAAUCCAGGUUCUCUCUGGGAGGAAAACCAAAUCAAUGUUUUUUAUUAUCAAUGUUUCAAAUGAUUCACUGUAAUGUGAAGAUGUUUCUGGUAGGGCUGGGUAUAAAGUACAUACGAUAUGAUUUCAAAAAGAGAUAAAAUUAGACAAUACCGUUUAUACCAAUAUAGUUUGAUGUUGAGUUAAUUAAUAUGUUUCGUAAAGUCCUGCCAGCGUUUGCUCCUCUCUCUCCCCCUCACCGCGAAGCCCCGCCCCUCCUUGUGCUUCUGCAAGCAGCCGUCUACUCACAAAGUCUCUAACAACAUGGAGGGAAACACAGAGCCUGUGAAGACCUGGCUUGUAAAAAAACAACGGUUGAGUCAGUGUUUCCCACACAUACACUUUACACCUUACAUUACAUGCCACGACACAGUGAAUAUUUUAAAAGCAGGGACCAGGUAAAGCGACAGUGAACACAAUAGUGCAGAUGUAAUUCGUUAGCCUUUCAAAACAAAAACAACGUGGUAGCUAACAUGCAGCAUUAGCUCCUUGUUUUACAUUUACUGUUUGGAUCAGUCUUUCUGUUUCUAGCAGCAGCUGUAUUCAUCAGAUUAGCUCUGAUAAACCCACUGGUAAACUACCAAAAAACACCCUGUGCAGACUCCUGACUGUAUAUCAACAACAAUCAAUUAAAACACUGUGGGGUAUGAAGCUGUGCAGAGUACGGUACAAAUCUGAGUCACGCAAUACAAGCACAAAAAGGAAAAAUUCAACAAUGCUGAGCAGGCAGAACGCUCCAGUGGGAUAUGAGGCUGCAUAGAAUGCGAAACAAAACUGUGUUACAGCCAGAACGCGACGCAGCUGCGCAUGGCGGAAUCCAGCUCUUGGCUGGUAAAGCGCCAGAAAGUGGAGACCCCAAACUGGAAGCUAAAAGAGGAUCAGGAAGUAGGUUGGCCACAGUUACUUUAUGCUUGUAUUAAUACCAGUGAUAUCCAUCAGGCUGAUUGAGAAAAGCUAAGAGACAAAGACCUUGGCUUUAGACUUUACACAGACAUUUAUAUUCACAUGCAGCAUUAAGGGAUUUUAUACCACUAAUGGGCAGAAAAGCUAUCAAACAAACGCUUAUGCCUAAAAUAAACUUGUGGCUAAUGUUGGGUCAGAGAUAAGGCCAGGCUGGGCCAGUUGAAGGCCUGUCCCUACACUCACCAACUUAUUAACCCUCAGUUAAAAAUACUUUCUUCUAUAGUCAAUAACUUUGUUGUCAAAAACUUCUCUGGAGACGAUCAAGAGACUGUGCAAAACAGUUUAUUCCAAUUUAGGACAAGUAAACUCGAGAAACAUCCCUGCAGGUCUCAGGAUGGAACUGAUCUGGUGGUCAGCGAACGUCUCCUUAUAUUCAUCUUAGACCCCACCAUAUUUCCAUCCAUCCAUCGUCUGACUGCGAAAUGCAUUCAGCGAUCUUAUAAUUGAUCUGUAUAAGUCAUAAAACGUGUGACAGCGAUACCACAGUAUACUAUAGGCGAAUAAACCCCAAAUUAUUACUGGACAUGUCCUGUUUUUAUGUUAUUAUUCAUAAUAGGCUAUGCGGUCGAUCUGCUGUCUAGCAUUACUAAUCAUGCUUAUAAUAAAUUAUCACUUUGUGAGUUCUUUGCUAUACAGAUCAAAAGCAUUAAAGUGCUGCACAAACUUCUGUCAGUCACCGGAGUUUGAACUAAAAUGCAACAGUAUCUUUUUUUCCCCCCACUUGGUCCGCACCAAAUGAAUCGAACUACAAGUGUGAAAGCACCCUUAAAUUCACAUUACCCCUUAUCUCCCUUGCAGCCGACAGUACCUCCCGUCCGCUAGCUAAGUUUUGCUUAGCAUUGUAGGUCUAUUUGCAUGUUCACAGUCAGGCGAAGCUACGUUUUGCAUGUUCUGCCUGAACAACUUCUCUGCUCAUGGAGAGACAUUGAAAGGUUAUAAGUUCAUUCAAAGUUCACACAGAAUAUAGUAGUCUUAAAAGUUAAAACCUUAAAAUCAGUAAUUAAAACCUUACAUCAAAAGAUCAUUAGUAGUCAAUACCUUUACUCAGUGAUCAGAUUACAGUGAUCCUGUCAUUCAUCAUUGCAAGACAAAAACCAGAGUCCAUCUUUUAGCAGGAUGUACUGAGGAGGAGCCUGUUUAAUAUAGUCCUCAGUUUCCUCCUAUUCUAGGCGGGCAUCUUCUCAUGGUCUCCACCUCUUUCUACGACUAGCUCAUCUAAAAGGGAGAUUGCAUUUUCUGGUCACAUAGUUACUCUAAAUAAAACACUUAACACUCCAAUCACUCAAUAUUAUCUGUUACAUUUCAUAUAAUCAGGGGGUUAAUGCAGGAGAGCUUCAGGGACUUUCCAACACUGAAUCUGAAUACACUGGAACUGUUUUUCCUGGCAACAAAUGCUCAUCACGUUCACUUUCUCCUGCACAGUUUACAUUUUUUACACCCAUGAUGAUGCUACACUGUCCUACUCCCACUUGCAGCUGUACUCUUAUCUUCAAAAAGGCAGCCAGGAAUGCAUGCUCAUAUCAUCAUUGACUGCAUAAGCGGAGGUAGCGGAGUGGCGUGGGUGCGGCCGACCCAGGGCCCCAGCCGGGUAGGGGGCCCCUUAAGUCAUUCAUGAUGUUUAGGCAAGCAGGAAGCUUCCGGUCAGCAAACUGAUGCAAACACGGAAGUCCCUUAAACCUGCAUUCUAUCGAACGGCCAACAGGAGGCUACUCUUCUGGUUGCAAAAAGAAGUCUGGCUCAGUUAGUUAAAUGACACUACUUCUCAGCUGAUUACCUCAGUAAACACUUCGCUAAUGAGUUUAUGGUCUCAAUCUCUAGUUUCAAGUCUUCUUCAAUACAAGAUGAUGUUCAUCUAGUAAAUGACGGUCCCAUUUAGAGGAAAAUAGACCAUAAAUCAGAGUAUGAUUCAGGGCAGGAUUAUCUGUGACUGACAAGUUGUUACCAUGGCAACCUGUCAAUCAGGCUAGAGUGACUCCUACCCACGGCACUGUGUAAAUUUAUCCAGCGACAUUGAAAAAGUUUAUUAGGAGUUGGUUGUUCACUUUCUCUCGUGAGUACAUUUAGUUUCAACACUGUUCGCUAGAUAACGUUGUCAGCUCUGUUAAAAUGACAGUUAAUGUGAAUUACAGAAGCACCUAGCUAAACUAGCUAGCUCCACACACGGCCACGCGCCAAACUCGAGGCUUCAAAACAGCAGUCCACAAACCAACGGGUGACGUCACGUUGACUACGCCCACUUAUUGUGUUUAGGUCAGUUUAUUAUCAACGCAGCCGAACGAAAACGCGUUUUUUUAUUUUUUAUUGACCAGAUUCUCUGCCGUUUCUGUGUCUGUCUUAAAGCAUAAAUAGAAAGAGUUGCCAAAAGAGUGCUUUAAACAAGAGUGCCUUAGAAUACAAUACAUAGCUUUGUCCUGUAACUUAAAACAUUAAGAUAAUACACAACACAUUUAUCAUCCUAUUGAAGUUGUGUUCUUGUACAACUGAAGAACGUAAAUCCAAUAUUAACUCUCGUCUCCCAACUAGUGAAAAAAUAUCUAGGUCUUUAGCUGCUAUAAAAAGUAAACAAUAAAACUGAAGUCUUUGUUUUUAGAGCCAAGGAGAAAUGAUUAAAAGUUAGCGCUCAGCUUGAAUUGGCCAUUUAAAAAAAACAAACAAAAAAAACAAGCCAGAACUUUUGGUGUAGUCAUGGACUCAGACCUGAAUUUCAACAGCCACAUCAAGACAUUUACAAAGUCAGCCUACUAUCACCUGUAGAAUAUAUCAAGGAUUAAAGGACUUGUCUCUCUGCAGGAUCUGGAAAAACUUGUCCAUGUUUAUCUUUAAUCGACUUGACCACUGUAAUGGUGUCGUUACGCCCCCCCCAAAACAACCAGACAGCCGCAGCUGAUUCAGAACCCUGCUGCUCGAGUCCUCACUAAGACUAAAAAAGUGGAUCACAUUAAUCCAGUUCUGAGGUCUUUACACUGGCUUCGUGUCUGUCAAAGAAUUGAUUUCAAAAUACUGCUGUUUUUAUAAAGCACUGAAUGUUUUUUCUGAUCUUCAUUAUGAACCAUGUAGACCUCUCAGGUCAUCUGGGGCAGGUCUGCUUUCUGUCCCCAGACUCAAAACUAAACAUGGAGAAGAAGCUUUCACUUUUAAUGAAUGCACCAUAUAUCUGGAACAAACUCCCUCAAAUCUGCAGAUCUGCUGCAACUAUCAGUUCUUCUCAAUCAAGGCUGAAGACUUUUCUGGUUGCCGCUGCCUUUUAUUAAAUCAAAUUCAAAGCUUUGAUUAAUAUCUUACACUGCACUGUAACUUUUACUGUCCUGUUUCAUUAUUUUCUAUUUAACUCUUGUAAUUGUAUUUAAAUGUCUUUUUAUACUUUUAUGUUGACUGUAGGUUUUAUUUAAAGCUAUUUGAAUUUCUUUGUUGUUGAAAGAGACACAUAUGGUAGUUUUGAAAACAAUGCUAAAGUUACACUGAACACCACAUGCAGAAAAUAUGUGCUGAAAGGUGAAAUUAAUUUUCAGAACAAUUCAGAAGUCUGAAAUUAAAUGCCCGAGAAGUCUCAGAAGACAAAAGUCUCCAAAUGCAUUGCCUUGCUUAACAACCUGGAAGCUGAAAUGUAACACUGAGUUAGAAGCUGAUCAUUACCUAAUAAUGCUUAAAUACAGAGCUAUGCUGUAAUACUAGCAAAGUUGCAUUCACCUAUAAAGUAGUAAGUAAACAGCUGAAGGUGUUAACAUUGUUGGGUUUCUGUAAAUAACAGAGUAUGGUCUAGACCUGCUCUUAUAUAACUGUUGUUGUGAUUUGGCGCUAUAUAAAUAAAAUUGAACAUUAAUUAUUAGUCAAAACAAAAAAAUAUUUACACAUACACACAAAAUUGUAAGUCGCUUUAGAUGAACCGUCAGCUAAAUAAAGUUGAAAAAGUUAUAUAUUAAAAUGAGAUAUAUUAAAAUAAAUUCUUAAUGGGAUUUUAAAAUUGAAUGAUAUCAAUGUAUGAAAAAUGUUUAAGAUGACUGAGUAGAUUAAAGUUGAAAAAGUUUA